AUGCUGAAACGUGGAACUGGUAAUAAAAGUAGUUAUAGCCCAUACGCCACGGGUCAAAGGAUUAAAAAGAAUGAGGCUAAAAACAAGCUGGACAUUUUACCUAACCGACCUAAUGUAUGGCUGAAGCAGCUAUCCAUUCUCCAGGAGCAGCCUCGGAAAGAUGGCACCGAUCUCGGGUCUGCCUCGCCCUCUGCCUCCUCGGCCACCACCUCUGUCCUUUCCCCGCCCGCCCUGGACUGCUCAGCAUCUUGUCCGGGCACACCCUUAACUCAGCACCCUAAACGGACGGCGUGCCCAUCUCCCGUGGCAACCCUGAAGCGCCCAGCCACCCUGAGUCGGAAUCCCAGCUCCGCGGGGUUCCCUCUGCAGUCCUGGGUGUUUGGAAAAGGGCAGGGAAGAGCCGCCCUGGCGCAGACGCCGUCUCCGGAGAGCCCGGACACGCCCGUGGCCAUUGAGGUGGAAGACAUUCCGUCUCUACUGAGGGACGUCACGCGGUUUGCGGAGGCAGUGGAGAAACUGAAGGAUGUGGUGCUUGGAGAAGGCAAACAGGAGAACCGGCGUCCGCUGGCCCAUGAGUGUCUGGGGGAGGUGUUGCGAACUCUGAGACAAGUGAUCAGUAUGUACCCUCUGCUCAACACCAUGGAGACGCUCACCGCCGCGGGGACCCUCAUCGCUCAGGUCAAAGGCUAUCACUAUGAGGCUGACAAUGACUUAGACAAAAAGGACUUUGAGAAGGCCAUAGAGACCAUCGCGGUCGCUUUCAGCAGCAAUGUAUCAGAGCUGCUGAUGGGAGAUGUAGAUAGCAGUACACUGCUAUCUGUUCCACCCACGGAGAAGAGUAGGUCGAUGGAGAAUCUGUACAGGGUGCCCGGCCAUGCUGAGGGCUCUCAAACACGGAGUGACAUGAGUGACGCAGUCAUGAGUGCCGAGGAGGUGGACAUUAUUCUCCAGCGCAGCGAGGGCGGGGUGGACUCUGCUUUGGACUACGCCAAAACCAUCGCCAAGUACAUGAAAGACCUGAUGGGAUACGUGGAGAAACGCACGGCUAUUGAGUUGGAAUUUGGCAAAGGGCUUCAACGAAUUUAUCAGUCCUGCAAACAGAGCAUCACACAGCCCCACAUGCCGUUUUUCUCUAUUUACUCCCUGGCUCUGGAGCAGGAUCUGGAGCAGAGUAACGGAGCUCAGCAGGCAGCCGCCACACUGCACCAUCAGACCUUCAUCCAGCCUCUGACGCAGCGUAAGCAGGAGCACGAGAAAAGGCGUAAAGAGAUCAAAGACCAGUGGAGUCGCGCCAAGAGGAAACUGAUGGAGUGCGAGGCAAACCUGCGGAGGGCGAAGCAGGUGUACAUGACCCGCUGUGAGGAGUACGACAAGGCCAAAACGGCGGCGAACAGAGCGGAGGAGGAGGGCAGCAGCUCCACAGCCAAAUCAGUAGACAAGAAAAAACGCCUGGAGGAGGAGGCGCGCAAUAAGGCUGAGGAAGCAGAGGCCACAUACAGGACAUGUAUAGCUGAUGCCAUCACGCAGCAGCAGGAGCUGGAGCACAUGAAGGUCACAGUUCUGAGACAGAUACAGGAGGUCAUCAAACAGAGUGACCAGACGCUCCGAUCUGCCACUAUCUCCUAUUACCAGCUGAUGCAUAUGCAGACGGUUGCCUUGCCCGUGCAUUACCAGACUCUGUGUGAGAGCAGUAAACUGUACGACCCCGGGCAGCAGUACGCCACCCACGUCAGGGACCUGCAGAUGGUCGAGGAACCAGAGAUGCACUAUGAGUUUGAACCUUACUGUCCUUCUACCAGCCAGCAGCCAGCCAGGGGGCGCAAUGACAGCUUUAACACAGACUCUCAGACUGGGGCUGAGGGCUCAUCCAGUGCUGCAGAGACCACAGAGGAAACUCCAGCUCAGAAACAUGACCUGAAGAAGGCCCGUAGUCACAUGACUCAUAAGUCCUGGGGUUCCACGGUGAGUGACACGGACAGCGUGGGGGCAGGGAGUGGCUUAGAGUCACCUUCUGCAAGCACAGGUGACAUCAGCCAAAUGGCAAGAACCUCAUCGACGGGAACCAUGUCGUCCAACGAAGAUACAGACGAGAAAGAUGGGAACGUGGGCUCGUCUUUUGAUGCGCCAAACAUGAACGGGAUUGAGCCGGAAAUUGUGGUGCCCACUGGACCGUUCCGUAACAUCGGACUGUCUAAAGCCGCACGGACGCACCGGCUUCGAAAACUCCGCUCGCCAGCCAAAUGCAGGGAGUGUGACAGCUAUGUUUAUUUCCAAGGCGCAGAGUGUGAGGAGUGUUUCCUGUCAUGCCACAAGCGUUGCCUGGAAACGCUGGCGAUCCAGUGUGGUCAUAAGAAGCUCCAGGGUCGGCUGCAGCUGUUCGGACGUGAAUUCUCCGAGGUUGCCACGGGAUCCUCCGACGGCAUCCCCUUCAUCAUCAAAAAGUGUAUCUGUGAGAUCGAGCGGAGGGCGCUGAGGAUGAAGGGCAUUUACCGGGUAAACGGGGUGAAGACAAGGGUGGAGAAGUUGUGCCAGGCGUUUGAGAACGGGAAAGAGCUGGUGGAGUUGUCUCAAUCCUCUCCGCAUGACAUCAGCAACGUGCUCAAACUCUACCUGAGACAGCUUCCUGAACCAAUCAUGCCGUUCCGCCUGUACAACAGCCUAAUGGGUUUGGCCAAGGAGAGCCUCCAGGUUGUGGGUCCGGAGGGAGCCAACGGUGGGAAAGGACCAGACCUGGUUGAUUUGGGUCCUGACACUGAACCAGAGAUCCUGGCAAUGGUGGCCAAGGUGAAGGAGCUGCUGACAGAGCUGCCCAAAGAGAACCUGACUACCCUGCGCUACAUUGCUCGUCACCUGCGCAGAAUAGCUGAAUUGGAGGAAGACAACAAAAUGAGUCCCAGUAAUCUUGGCAUCGUGUUUGGUCCGUCACUGAUGAGGCCUCGCCCAUCAGGGGCCACGGUGUCUCUGUCCUCAUUGGUGGAUUACCCGUUGCAGGCUCGUAUAGUGGAGACGCUCAUAGUUUUCUACCUGAGCAUCUUUACACUUGACUCCGCCCGCUCCGCUGGCGCCCCCUGUCUGACCCACGCCCCCUCCACACUGCAGGAGGCCAGUCGUGAGGAUGAGGAGACAGGUAUUCAUGAUGAAGAUGAACAGAAGAUCACUAAGGAGUGUGAACAAGCAGAUCCUCCUACAAACACACUCGGCUCUCUGGAGCACAGUUUGGACUCAGACUCAGACCUGGAUGAGGAGGAAAGGGAGACAGAGGACCAGCCUCUCGACCCCGUCGCCCCGGAUGGCAGUGACCCUAGUCCUGAUGACCCACAGAGUUCCCCCGACCAAGACCCCGCUGGGCCGGACAGCGACCCCCCUGCUCUGCCCGACACCGAGCCACCGGACCUGGACAGCCCCGAGGAGGAACAGACAAGUCCCCUGGUAGAGCUCAACACCAACCAAUCCAACAAUUACAUUCUGAGAAGGCCAGAGUUAGCCGUGCCAUGGCUGGGCCUAGAGAAAAGCAGCCUGUUCAAGAAGAGAGAGACACGGCCCAGGUUUUUCCCCUGA